AUUCCGUGCAGUGAACGAGCUUUAGCAGCGCUGGAAACUGCAGCCAGGCAGGUGUAGCAUUCAGAGUCCCGGUUGCCCGUGCAGCCUGUGACAGUGAUAUUGCCACGACAGAUUUCGGAGGUGUGAAGGAACGAGAGCGCGCGGCUCUCUGCGUCUAGGAAGGAUUUAAUGAGUUGCUCCCUCGUUCAGGCACCAAUUAAUUUAUCGGAGAGUAAAACAGUUACAGGGAGGAGGAGGACAGAGAGCAGUCAUAAGGGGACUGUAGCGGCUCCGGGGAGCUGCCACUUUCUCUGUGCGUGUGUCUGAGUGUCUGUGCAGAGAGAGAGGGAUUAUCAUUACGCAUGUUAUGCCGAGCGCAGUUUUUGGUGAUGCAUUCAGUCGGGAGAUGUGCAGCGUGGAGCAGCAGUGAGCGUCAGCCCGGACCUUCAGCGGCGUAAUCAGCGCAAAGAAAAAGUAGAUCUCGCUGGUUCUGUGGGGCGCACCGGCUCUGCGCAUCACAGGAUUUCGAUUCAUCGUAUGUUUUGUUUAUUUUGAUGAAGGCUGCGGGGUGAAAGUCAAAGAUGCGCACCGCUGAACAAAGGAUUUAGUGGGAAACGAUCACGAAUCUGUUCCACAUUUUAAUCCUGACACCCCCGGCGUGCUUCGUCUCCCCCCUGUGUGGACUUAUCAAGGGGGCGACAUUCAUGCCCAUUCUUCCUCUUAAGGACAACGGACACAGGCUGAAUAACCUCUGGUUUCAAACCUGGAGCAGAGGGAACCAUCUGGGCUGAUCGCGCACGAGUCCAUGUGGAUGGAGAGAGAACACGCAAACAGCGCGAGCGCAGCUCAGUCCGAAAUGUGACAUUUUUUUACUCUGCCUCGCAUCACAGCUGACAUCUGUGCUCCUUGCCUUCGUUCUCCAUAGGAUCUGUUUACAUCGAUUAAGACAUGGCGUUCCUGCCGGUCCUCCUCCUGCUGCUGCUGUCUGUUACUCAUCGUGCCACCAGUCAAGACUCCGAGGACUCUGAAGCUCUCCCGAGAGGCUGCGGCUGGGGCCUCGUGCGUCCCUACACCCUACUCUGUGACCUGGACUCCAUAUGGGGCGUCGCUGUGGAGUCGGUGGCUGCCGGGGGGAUUCUGACCGCCAUCAUGCUCGCCCUCGUCCUGCUGUGCCGUUUACACCACAUCGGUGAGGCCGAGAAGCGCAGCGCCGUGGGACCCAUCCUCCUGCUGCUACUGGGGGUCCUCGGCUUAUUCGGCCUGAGCUUUGCCUACCUGAUCGAGCAGGAUGAGUCUCUGUGUUUGCUCCGCAGGGCCCUGUGGGGUCUCCUGUUUGCCGUCUGCUUUUCCUGCCUGUUGGUGCAGGGCGUCCGCCUGCGCCGGCUCGGCAGGGAGCGCCGCAGCCCCGGCGGCUGCGCCCUCACGGGCCUCGCGCUGGGUUUGAGCGCCGUGCAGGGCAUCAUCGCCGCCGAGUGGCUUCUUCUGACCGUGCUGAGGGAGGGCCGAGCUGCCUGUCAGUAUCUGCCGAUGGACUUCUCGCUAGCCUGCAGCUACGUGCUAGCCCUCCUACUCGCAGCACUGGCCGCUGCUUCUCUGGCCCUCUGUGCGAAGACACGACAGUGGCGCUGCAACGCCAUCUGGCUGCUGGUGACCUGCCUGCUGUCACUGCUGCUGUGGGUGGCCUGGGUGGGCUUCUACCUGUAUGGAAACGACUGGCUGGGGAGGUCCCCGGACUGGAACGACCCGGCACUGGCCAUCGCUUUGGUGGCUCAGGGCUGGCUGCUGCUGAUCUUCCACGCCAUCCCGGAGUCCCACAUCUGCAUGAGGUCCCCGCCACAGCCCAACGCCCCGGACUACUUCGACACUUCCCAGAACUCGACGCGGAUGAGAGAAACCAGCUUCGAUGAAGACAUCCCUCUGUCUCACAGGCAGUUUGUGGAGAACCAGGGCUAUGGAUACAGUGAUGAGAACGCUGCAGGCCUGAGGAGCGGUGGUGGCCCCGUGCAACACAACAGCAACACCGGCGCGAGGCCCAGCGCUCCUUUCCGCAGCAACGUGUACCAGCCCACCGAGAUGACCAUGAUCCUGAACGGGGGAGCGGUGAGUACAUCCUCCCAGUCACAGGUUCCCUCUGCUCCUCCCACCUACACGGGGAGGCAGCUGUGGUGAGCGAGAGGAUCGGAAAGAAGAUGUGUGAUCGAAAAAUUAAGGGAAGAAGAGGAUGGAGAUGGAUGAGGAGGGCGGUCCCCAGGACGGAAGGUUGCCUUGUUGGACUGGACUUUCAAAAAAAAAAAAAAAAAGGAUGCCAACGAGGCCCUUUCCUUCUGUGUACAGACUGAAACACUGACUGUGUGCAAAUCAAGGAACGUAUGAGUGUGUGAGAGAGUGAGAGGAAGUAGGGCAUGGAGGACAGAGCUAAAGCUCUUCUAGCACACAAAUAUCUAAAAAAAGGGUUGAAAAACUCAAAGUGUGACCGGCAAGUAGCAAAGCAAAACUGACGCUGACUUAGAUCUGAAAAUAUCAACACGCAGUAUCCUUUUUGUUUUUCUUCUUUGAUUUGCUCCCCUGAGACUGCAGCACUGUAAGCAUCCUUGAAAACUGUGAAAUCUUUCGCUUUUUUCCUCUCUCUCUGUCUGUCUUGCUCUCCCUGUCAAUCAGGAUGUCUUUUUUUUCUGCUGCCCCACAAAAAAAUGCUGGCGCUCAAGUGGAAACAUUUGGCUCUGUCCUCCAUCCAUCCACAGUGUAGGUGAAGAAGCAGCACGUGGGCAACUGUACAGCUCGAGCACCGCCCUCUUAAAAAGAAUCCAGCCUCUGUGGGU